AUGAAAUUUGAGCAAAGCACGGAAUAUGCCACCUAUUCAAGAUUUAAUCCUCAAGCCCUACGAGCUGGAGAACUAUCCGACGACGAAGCAUUGAACAAGAAUCUCACGCUAUUUCUUCGGCGAUCUAUUGUCAUGGUAUCGAACGUAACCCGGUCAGAAGACCCAUAUGGUUCCUCGAUCUCCUGA